UUUGGUUUGACUUAAUGUAGGGAGAAUGCAACAAAACUCAGAUUGACAUGAGGGAAAAUAAUGAAAAGCAAUUCGAUAUGGAACCCGAAGCAGUGAAACAAAAAUAGUUGGAACAUGGUUGAUAUUGUAGAUAUUGGAAGCAUUCUGGUGGCAUGUUGCCGUUGAAUCGCUUGGAAUCUUUGCAGUAGUCGUAGAUCAUGUGGUUAUCUCUGACCCAUUUCAUCUGCCCUUGUUUGGCGAAGCUCAGCUGUUUGUAUGCAGGAGAUGUCCACCAGUUACCAGGGGUACUGACAGCACAUUCAGUGAUGCUGGGAGGUCCAUUCCACUUGCAAGCCCUGGCCCUGAAAUUGCGGUACCUGGCUAUGAAGGGAGCAGAAUUCCAGUCAAUCUUCUCCAAGCCGCCUCUGGUUGCCCAGUUAUCAGCAUUCCAAAGGCUGGAGUAAACUUUCAUUCCUUGUUUGUUUGGGUAAGGAACCCCCUGGCUCUCGUAGUUGCGGUAAACUCUGAUUGG